AUGACAGCUUGUUUCAUAAUUGGAACAUUUUUCUUCGAAAAGCAGUCAACAGCUGGACCUGUUACGUACACUGUGACUGCAAGUCGCUUAGCAUCAAUGUUAAGACGUUUCGUGAUAUCUGAACUGCAGCAACAACGUGGCUUUGCAGACACCACGAUUUUUAUGGAUGACGGGGCUCCACAGCAUAUUGCUUGUGGAGGCAAUCACUUCGGCGCCGACUGCAGCAAGUCCUGUUCUCCCCCUCAGAAUACCAGCAAUACAGAUGAAUUGUGCGCUCUGCAUCUUUUUUGCAAGCCAGAUCCCUAUGGAUGCUCCUGCGCGCCAGGAUUCAAAGGCUCAAAAUGCAUGGAACAUUGUGAACCAGGAUGGUAUGGAGCUGAUUGCAAGCAGCCUUGUCACUGUGCUUUCGGAGUUAGUUCUUGCAACCGAAUAACAGGUGCUUGUGACGGCGGUUGUGCAAGAGGAUGGAGAGGAAAUUCUUGUCAAAUAGAAGAUCCAAACGCAAAUAAUACUGUCGAAACUACGACGAUGGUCUUCUGCUCUCCGGGCACAUACGGUCCCAGCUGUGAGAAAGAAUGUCAUUGUGCUGGUAACGAACACUGCCAUAUUAUUACUGGACAAUGCCCAUACGGUUGCGAAGACGGAUGGGGAGGUCCAUCAUGUGGAACUUGCCGAGAAAAUCGUUUCGGAGAAAACUGUGAAAUGACCUGCCACUGUGAAGGGGGCUAUCGGAACUGUGACAAGGAUGGCUUCUGUUACUCCGGUUGCGAAGCAGGAUGGGCAGGAUUCACUUGUCAAGCAGAGUGCACUCCAGGUCGUUUUGGACCCAACUGCGCUUCAACGUGUCAUUGUCAUGAAAACUCAACGACGCCUUGCGACAAGGUGACUGGUAUCUGUGAAAGUGACUGCGAAGCCGGCUACAUGGGAUCCGACUGCCAGACAUUGUGUCCGCCUAAUUCUUACGGUGUGAACUGCGUGGAGACAUGCGUAUGCUCUAAUGGUGGACACUGCAACCGUGUCGAUGGAUCAUGUGCUUGUGAUGGAAGAUGGAGAGGACUCAUCUGCAAUGAGAGUAAGCCCCCGAUAAUAGCUGCCAGCGAUGAGGAAGUAAAUAUCGGUCAACAGGUGUUUAUUUCUUGUACAGCGGAUGCAGUUCCUGAACCUCUCAUGAACAUAUCCUGCAGCGAAUUUCCUGGUUUGAAUGUAAACAUUAGAUCUCUGGAGCAAGACCAGUACCAAGCCGUAGUUAAAGUAAAGCCGCAGAAAGCUGGCACUUUCGACUUUCUCUGCACGGCUCGUAACCAACAUGGAUUUGAUAUGAAAAAAAUGGUUAUAGUUGUAAUAGAUCCUCCCGUGCUGACAGCAAAACCUGUCUUAGUGUCAAAGACUAAUCUUUCGAUAUCCAUCAAAUGGAGAGAAUGGCAAUAUUCCAAGGAUAUAGGAGGAAGUCCUUCGGAUAAAAUUGAAUACAUGGCUGUCUACCGAGAAGUUGGGGCAAUGGUCUGGGAUAAGGUAGACGGCUGGGCAACGGAGCUGUCGAUCACCAUAACUGAUCUCGUGCCUUACACAUUGUACGAAGUUGCCGUCAAAUGUAGGAGACUCGGGAAAGGAGGAGAAGGAGAGGCUGGACCCAGUUUGAAAAUAAAAACAGACUGUGGAGUUUCGACUGCAGAUGGCAUUCCCCAGGAAUUUCUGCCAGAAAAGAUAUCUGAAAGUACCGUGACGCUUACUUGGACGCAACCAACAGAAGCUUUCUUACACUGUCCGUUGACCGGAUAUCGCUUGAUUUAUCAUCCAGAAUCUGCAGAAACAGUGUUAGGAAUAAGAGACAUCGGAAGCGAUAAGACCAAUGCAGAGGUGGAAGAUCUAUCUCCUAACACUGUGUAUGUCGUUCACCUAUACCCAAUCACAUCCAUAGACAUGUCUAAGUACUUCGCCGAACUCAUAUUCCGGACUUCAGAAACAGUCCCUGGACCAGUAUCUGAUUUGGAAUGUCAAGCAAUUGACGGUCAACCUAACCUACUUCUCGUUUCAUGGGAGGCCCCUUCGGAAGUGAAUGGCGCAAUUAAGGGCUAUAUCAUCACCUACACUCUGAUGGACAGAGGUCAGUGCGGUGUGUCAGGAGAUUCUGAUGAUUCAGGGAUGAGACAGAUGCAGUCGGAUGAUACAGAGGUUACGCUUCAAAAUUUAUACCCGUACUCAACUUACAACAUAACCGUUCAAGCCCGGACGUCGGCUGGAGAAGGUGAAGGCAUGUCUGGGACAGCAACCACUUCAGAAGCUGCUCCGAACGAACCACCACAGAACAUUCAUGUCAUCUCUGUUACAAGCAGCAGCCUCGAAUUUGGUUGGGAUCCAGUUCCCUGCGAAUCUGCCAAUGGCAUCGUUAUCCAUUACGAAUACAUGGUUGUGAGCGGAUAUGAUAUAUAUCCGACUAUUCUGCAACGAGUGAAAAGAUCUAGCGAAGAAACGGAUAGUCAUUUGCUUAUAGUAGAAGGUCAUCAAGUCAAGAUUGGGAAUUUGAAACCGCACACGUUCUACGGAUUCAUGGUCCGAGGAGUAACUGCAGCUGGUAGCGGACCUUUAUCGGACAUUAUUUUCCAUAAAACGGAGGAAUCGGUUUCAAGCCAACCCCUUUUCCUGGAUAUAGUAUCAGUAGCUUCGGAGAAACUAGGUGUGGCAUGGCGCCAGCCAGAAUCGCCCAACGGAGAAAUUAUUCAAUACAGAGCUCAAGUCUGGGAUCAUGAACUUUCACAUCUGACAGCAGACAUAACUUUCAACGUUACGGAAGACGAAAAUGAUGAAGGAAAAUUUGCAAAGAUUAUUGAAAAUCUGAAACCCGCUAGUGAUUACUUUAUUAAGAUUCAAGCAGCCACCAGGGCCGGAUGGGGAGCAUUCAGUGAUCCUAUUCCUGGAAGAACUCUUGACGGAGUGCCUGGUGAACCAUCGGAAAUUGAUGUUCUAGAAAAUGGGCAAAGGGCUAUCAACAUUACCUGGCAACCUCCUAUUCUGAAAAACGGAGCCAUAACUGGUUAUAAGGUUAUUUACCGUCCCCUUUCAACUCUGGAUCCUGUAUUCAAUGCAACGCCCUUCAUAUCUUUGGAAAAAGAAGUUGGAGGAGAUGUAACAGAUAUCUCUCUUCAGGAUCUACAUCCCAGCACGGAAUAUAACAUAACUGUUCAAGCCAAGACAUCUGCAGGUUAUGGUCGACCUGCAGAAAUAAAGACUUGGACUGUGAUUUUAGGUGACCACGUUUCCCCAUCUGUGAGAGCAGUGGAAGUUGAAGCUACGAACGAUACUAUACCUAUACUUUUCUCGACGACAGGAAGUACUUCCGUCUAUAAAUAUCAAGUCAUCGUAGAAGAUGCUCGAAACUCAGAACCUAUCGAUGAAGACUUACUGAGUGAUUUCGACACAGCAGUGGUGAAGCAAAAGCUUCCAUAUUACAUCGCGGCUGAGUUGGAUCCACAGAAUGUGUCCAGCACCGGAGAGCAUUCCUUCGUUGUUGGGGACAGGAAAGUAUGGGGAGGCUACAAAAAUGUCCACUUGAAUCCCGGACAUGAGUACAAAAUUAGAAUUCGGACACUGGUGGUUAAAGACCAGGAGCUGAAAUCAGUUUUAUCAGAGCCCAAAGAAGAAACUGCUGCAUCGACAUUCGUUCAAGUGGUGCACCGGAAGAAACCUAAAAUUUUCGGCAUGGAACCUAUCGUAUUCAUACUGAUACUCAUUGCUCUACUCGUGCUGAUCACUGCUAUCACCUUUCUCACCAUUUUAGCCAUUUACAGUAAAAGGCAACGAAAGAAGUCAACUAAUUCUUUCUCCACUCGAGAUUCCGGACUUUCAGGAUCCAUGACUUGGUCAGUCAUGUAUAAAGUACCAGAUAACGAAGUGAUAGAAUCACCUCUAGUCACCAGUGGCUUUAGAACUUUGCCUCUCAUUGAAAAAAAUGCUUCGCUCAAACGAAGUAAGAGUGACAGCAAAAUUGCUCGUGGCAUGCGCAUAGAAACCCUUGAGGACUUUUUAAUCAAUGUCAGAGGUACGAAUCAGCUAGUAGAAGAAUUCAAGCGAUUGGUGGAAGGUCAAACAUCUCCAUGGACUGCCGCGAGGAAGAACUGCAAUCUGAAAAAGAAUCGAUAUGGAAAUAUCUUACCAUAUGAUCGUUCCCGAGUAGUUCUACACACAGAUUCGAACAAGAGUGAUUCAGAUUACAUAAACGCCAGCUAUAUUGAUGGGUAUAGAAGACCAAGAGAAUGCAUCGUUACUCAAGGACCACUCGAAAACACGAUUACAGACUUCUGGCGCAUGAUUUGGCAAGAAAACUCACCCGUGAUAGUCAUGGUCACCGACCUUGUGGAAAACGGAAAGAAAAAAUGCGCCAAAUACUGGCCGGAUGAUUCUAUAAUGUGCGACGACAUGCAAAUUCUAGUAAUACAUUCUGAGGAAAGCACAGAUUUUGUCAUUCGUACCAUACUCAUGAGAAAGAUGGAUGAGAUAAGAACUCAUCGCGUAAUGCAAUAUCAAUUUACGGGCUGGCCCGACCGUUCUGUACCUACAAACACCAACUACUUCAUCAAAUUCUUGAAGAAAGUAAGAGAUGAUCAUCCGGUUAUGGGAGGACCUAUGGUCGUCAUGUGCAGUGCUGGUGCUGGUAGGUCAGGCACCUACAUCGCAAUCGAUGCUCUUUGUCAGCAAGCUGCGGAAGACAAGCGAGUGGAUGUAUUUCGGUUCGUCAAUAAUGCCAGACAUCAACGAAUCCAUUUUGUGCAGACAUUGGUUUGUUUCCUUUAA